GUUGCCCCUAGCAACGGGCACGCGCCAAAACUACCAUGGGGGUUGCCCCUAGCAACGCGCAGGCUACAUCUGUGGAGGUCUGGGGGAGGAAAUUGUCAUUCGAGUCGAGACCUUGCAAGGAGACCUUCAGACCACUCCAGGACCACUCCAGGACCACUCCAGGACCACUCCAGGAGACCUCCAGGACACCUCCAGGAGACCUUCAGGAGACCUCUUCAGGACCACUCCAGGAGACCUUCAGGAGACCUUCAGGAGACCACUUCAGAACCACUCCAGGACCACUCCAGGAGACCUCCAGGAGACUUUCAGGAGACCUCUUCAGAACCACUCCAGGAGACCUCCAGGAGACCUCCAGGAGACCUUCAGGAGACCUCCAGAACCACUCCAGGAGACCUCCAGGAGACCUCCAGGAGACCACUUCAGGACCACUCCAGGAGACCUCCAGGAGACCUUCAGGAGACCUCCAGAACCACUUCAGGAGACCUCCAGGACACCGCCGCUCCCCGCUGCAUCCUCUCUCCGUGUCCACAAUGGCUCAGAGCGUCGUGCCCCUGGUGCUCGUCUUGCUGGCCGGCUCGCUGGCUCUCAGCAACGCGAACGGAAGAGGAUAUAACAACGUAUUCUGCCAGGACAAGGCUGAUGGGCUGUACGCAGACACCUCAGACUCCCACAGCUUCUACCACUGCUCCAAUUCCCUGACGUACCACAAGCAAUGUCCAGCCAACCUGGUGUUCAACCCGGCCAAAAACAGAUGUGACUGGGACGUGGGGAACUCAGCAUUCUGCCAGGACAAGGCUGAUGGGCUGUACCCAGACCCCUUAGACUCCCACAGCUUCUUCCAAUGCUCCAAUUCCCUGACGUACCACAAGCAAUGCCCAGCCAACUUGGUGUUCAACCCGGCCAUCAGCGUGUGCGACUGGCCUGUGGUGAACUCGGCUUUCUGCCAGGACAAGGCUGAUGGGCUGUACCCAGACCCCGCAGACUCCCACAGCUUCUACCACUGCUCCAAUUCCCUGAUGUACCACAAGCAAUGUCCAGCCAACCUGGUGUUCAACCCGGCCAAAAACAUAUGCGACUGGGAUGUUCCACACGACGACGCAACAACGACCACCCAGGCAACCACCAAGCCACUGGUGAACUCGGUAUUCUGCCAGGACAAGGCUGAUGGGCUGUACCCAGACCCCUUAGACUCCCACAGCUUCUACCACUGCUCCAAUUCCCUGACGUACCACAAGCAAUGUCCAGCCAACCUGGUGUUCAACCCAGCCAUCAGCGUGUGCGACUGGCCCGGCAACGUCGCAGCAGCAACCACCCAGGCAACCACCAAGUCAGUGGUGAACUCGGUAUUCUGCCAGGACAAGGCUGAUGGGCUGUACCCAGACCCCUCAGACUCCCACAGCUUCUACCACUGCUCCAAUUCCCUGACGUACCACAAGCAAUGCCCAGCCAACCUUGUGUUCAACCCGGCCAUCAGCGUGUGCGACUGGCCCGGCAACGUCGCAGCAGCAACCACCCAGGCAACCACCAAGUCAAUGGUGAACUCGGUAUUCUGCCAGGACAAGGCUGAUGGGCUGUACCCAGACCCCUCAGACUCCCACAGCUUCUACCACUGCUCCAAUUCCCUGACGUACCACAAGCAAUGCCCAGCCAACCUGGUGUUCAACCCGGCCAUCAGCGUGUGCGACUGGCCUGUGGUGAACUCGGGAUUCUGUCAGGACAAGGCUGAUGGGCUGUACCCAGACCCCUCAGACUCCCACAGCUUCUAUCACUGCUCCAAUUCCCUGACGUACCACAAGCAAUGCCCAGCCAACCUGGUGUUCAACCCGGCCAUCAGCGUGUGCGACUGGCCCAGCAACGUCGCAACAACGACCACCCAGGCAACCACCAAGUCACUGGUGAACUCGGUAUUCUGCCAGGACAAGGCUGAUGGGCUGUACCCAGACCCCUCAGACUCCCACAGCUUCUACCACUGCUCCAAUUCCCUGACGUACCACAAGCAAUGUCCAGCCAACCUGGUGUUCAACCCGGCCAUCAGCGUGUGCGACUGGCCCGUGGUGAACUCGGGAUUCUGUCACGACAAGGCUGAUGGGCUGUACCCAGACCCCUCAGACUCCCACAGCUUCUACCACUGCUCCAAUUCCCUGACGUACCACAAGCAAUGCCCAGCCAACCUGGUGUUCAACCCGGCCAUCAGCGUGUGCGACUGGCCUGGCAACGUCGCAACAACGACCACCCAGGCAACCACCAAGUCAGUCGUGAACUCGGCAUUCUGCCAGGACAAGGCUGAUGGGCUGUACCCAGACCCCUCAGACUCCCACAGCUUCUACCACUGCUCCAAUUCCCUGACGUACCACAAGCAAUGUCCAGCCAACCUGGUGUUCAACCCGGCCAUCAGCGUGUGCGACUGGCCCGUGGUGAACUCAGGAUUCUGUCACGACAAGGCUGAUGGGCUGUACCCAGACCCCUCAGACUCCCACAGCUUCUACCACUGCUCCAAUUCCCUGACGUACCACAAGCAAUGCCCAGCCAACCUGGUGUUCAACCCGGCCAUCAGCGUGUGCGACUGGCCCGGCAACGUCGCAGCAGCCACCACCCAGGCAACCACCAAGUCAGUGGUGAACUCGGUAUUCUGCCAGGACAAGGCUGAUGGGCUGUACCCAGACCCCUCAGACUCCCACAGCUUCUACCACUGCUCCAAUUCCCUGACGUACCACAAGCAAUGUCCAGCCAACCUGGUGUUCAACCCGGCCAUCAGCGUGUGCGACUGGCCCGUGGUGAACUCGGGAUUCUGCCAUGACAAGGCCGAUGGGAUGUACGCAGACCCCUCAGACUCGCACAGCUUCUACCACUGCUCCAAUUCCCUGACAUACCACAAGCAAUGUCCAGCCAACCUGGUGUUCAACACGGCCAAAAACAGAUGUGACUGGGAUGUUUCACACGACGACGCAACAACGACUACCAAGGGAACCACCAAACCACAGUACGUGGUGGACUUCUGCAAGGCGAAGGUGGACGGGAUGUUCGCGGACCCAGGGAACUCGAACGCCUUCUACCACUGCUCCAACCACUACACCUACUACAAGCUCUGCCAGCAAGGCCUGGUGUUCAACCAGGGGCUCGGGGCUUGCGUGUGGCCAUACCAAGGAGUCUAGGUUGGAGUCACGGGACUUCCAGGAAAUGAAGACGCCUCCUGCAAUGUCACCAUCACCACCACAUCACCAUCAAUUCACCACCAUCAUAAUCACCACCACCAACACCAUCAUCACCACCACAUCACUACUAUAAUCAUCGUGACUACCAUCACCACCACAUCACUACCAUCACCACCACUAUCACUACCGUCACCACCACUAUCACUACAAUCACCACCACUAUCACUACCAUCACCACCACUAUCAUUACAUUACCACCACUAUCAUUACAAUUACCACCACUAUCACUACCAUCAUCAUGAUCAUCAUAGGGGCUGAUGUUCCUCCUCGCUACUAGCAGCACUUGCCCCUAAAGCCCACUAGAGGCUACACGGAAGACCUUUGUCUUUGUGUCUAUAGGGACAGCUACUCACUACUAACGGCACUUGCCCCUACAGCCUGCUAGAGGCUACACGGGGGAGCUUGGUCUUUGUCUAGUGUCUUGAAUCACGUACGAAUAAAC